AGGAACAGAAGGUUUUACUUGUUGUUGAUCCAUUAACUGCGAUUAUGGAUUUGGUCAAAUUGUAAAAAAAGGGGUAAGACGUUCUGGAUGAAGUAACGUUGGCAGUUUAGAGCCAAGCUCUGUUAAAGAUAGGGGAGUAGUUAAAGUGAGUGAGUGUGUAGCUGAGCGAGAAGUCGGGUGGUCAAAACGAACCUACGUUGGCGAUGAUGAGGUAAGAGAUGGAGGAAGAGAGCAGUAAAUGGAAUGGAGAAAACUGGGAGGAAAAAAUAAUGAUUCAGGAAAAAGGGCGUUCAGUCGAAUGUCAGAAGGCUGUCUAGCAUUUAUUAAAGUGUCGAAGGUUGGAGCAGCAACGUCAGCGAGGUUUUUUUUUUUUUUACUCGUUUCCAUCCCCUCCACAUUACAUCUCCUAUAAUCCCGCAGUCUGUUCUCACCUUCUCGCAAAUGAAUAUCAACACCGCUGGCACAGCUGCAACUAUUCUCAAAGAUGAGAUUGUUUAUAAACGGUACAUCACAGUAUGGCAACGUACAACUCGAUUCGAGGAUGGUCGCGAGAUUCAGUGGGAUGUCGUAGGCCACGACUCUCCGCUUCCAACUUUCGUCACUGUUUUUACCUUUGAUACAAAUACCAAAACAACGUGCAUAUUGAAAGAAUAUGUACAAGGUUCCAACGAAAAAUACACUUGUACCGCAGGCUCUUUCGAUCGCCGAAAGCAUCAAAGCCUAGAGGAAGCAGCACAGCAUGAGUUGUCGGAAGAAGCACAAUUGACUGGAGGUCAUAUGAUCAACUUAUGUCCUUCUUCCCAGCCAGAGGGAAUCUCUGAACUCAAGUGGGGAAAAAACCGCUUUGUACCAUACAUAUGCAUCAAUCCAACUUUAGACACCAACCCCAAACCACGAGACGCAGAGGAAUACAUGGAGGUUGUGCGGGAUGUCUCGAUAGACGACUUUACUCAAAUGGUCAUGAGAGGCGAAGUAAUGCUUCCCAGUGUUCAGACUGGCUGGAUGGCUAUAGAAUGGCUCAAAGAAAAUAAAUACAUCUGAGAACCCCG